GCGAGACCGGGCUCCUGGGGCGGUGGGCUGGUGUCUUGGCGGACGUUCUGCAGCUGCCGCGUGGAUCCGAGCCGGGGGCACCCGCCGUGACUGGGGUAGCCCCUAGGGCGCCCUCGGCCCCAUCCCAAGCAGCGCGGCCUGGCUGCUACCGCCAUCAAACAGGUUCCAGCCGAAAACUCUUUAACUAGUCACUCGUUAGACACGUGUGCGGAGCCUGUGUCCCAGGCCAGUGCUGUCCCGUGUAGAUAGAUUGCAAGCUGCUACGGAAUUUAACUUCCUAGUAGGUGUACGAAAAAAGUAAAACGAAACAGAAAUCAGUUGGAGUAAAUCCAUAAAUAUAUCCAAACUGUUAUUUCAGUUGUAUUUGAAGAAAUUAUUGGGAUAUUCUUUGUACUAUUCUUGGAAAUCUGUUGUGUGUCCAACCCAAACGUCACAGUUGGACUCACCGCAUCUGUACUUCGUAGCCCCAGUGACCCUCCUUGGCCUGGGCGAAGCUGUGUGGACCAAGCAAGCCAGGAGUGUGGCCAUGUUUUCUGAGCAGGCUGCCCAGAGGACCCACACUCUGCUGUCCCCACCAUCAGCCAACAAUGCCACCUUUGCCCGGGUCCCAGUGGCGACCUACACCAACUCCUCACAACCCUUCCGGCUAGGAGAGCGCAGCUUUAGCCGGCAGUAUGCCCACAUUUAUGCCACCCGCCUCAUCCAAAUGAGACCCUUCCUGGAGAACCGGGCCCAGCAGCACUGGGGCAGUGGAGUGGGGGUGAAGAAGCUGUGUGAGCUACAGCCUGGGGAGAAGUGCUGUGUGGUGGGCACUCUGUUCAAGGCCAUGCCGCUGCAGCCCUCCAUCCUGCGGGAGAUCAGCGAGGAGCACAACCUGCUCCCCCAGCCUCCUCGGAGCAAAUACAUACACCCAGAUGAUGAACUGGUCUUGGAAGAUGAACUGCAGCGUAUCAAACUAAAAGGCACCAUUGAUGUGUCAAAGCUGGUUACAGGGACUGUCCUGGCUGUGUUUGGCUCCGUGAGAGACGAUGGGAAGUUUCUGGUGGAGGACCAUUGCUUUGCUGACCUUGCUCCCCAGAAGCCCACACCCUCACUUGACACAGAUAGGUUCGUGCUGCUCGUGUCCGGCCUGGGCCUGGGUGGAGGUGGAGGUGAGAGCCUGCUGGGCACCCAGCUGCUGGUGGAUGUGGUGACAGGGCAGCUUGGGGACGAAGGGGAGCAGUGCAGCGCCGCCCAUGUCUCCCGGGUUAUCCUCGCCGGUAACCUCCUCAGCCACAGCACCCAGAGCAGAGAUUCUAUCAAUAAGGCCAAAUACCUCACCAAGAAAACCCAGGCAGCCAGCGUGGAGGCUGUGAAGAUGCUGGAUGAGAUCCUCCUGCAGCUGAGUGCCUCAGUGCCCGUGGACGUGAUGCCAGGCGAGUUUGAUCCCACCAACUACACGCUCCCCCAGCAGCCCCUCCACCCCUGCAUGUUCCCGCUGGCCACUGCCUACUCCACGCUCCAGCUGGUCACCAACCCCUACCAGGCCACCAUUGAUGGAGUCAGAUUCUUGGGGACAUCAGGACAGAACGUGAGUGACAUUUUCCGAUAUAGCAGCAUGGAGGAUCACUUGGAGAUUCUGGAGUGGACCCUGCGGGUCCGUCACAUCAGCCCCACAGCACCUGACACUCUAGGUUGUUACCCCUUCUACAAAACCGACCCAUUCAUCUUCCCAGAGUGCCCACAUGUCUACUUCUGUGGCAACACCCCCAGCUUUGGCUCCAAAAUCAUCCAAGGUCCUGAGGACCAGAGAGUGUUGUUGGUGACUGUCCCUGACUUCAGUGCCACGCAGACUGCCUGCCUUGUGAACCUGCGCAGCCUGGCCUGCCAGCCCAUUAGCUUCUCGGGCUUCGGGGCAGAGGAUGAUGACCUGGGAGGCGUGGGGCUGGGCCCCUGACUCAAAAAGGCGGUUUUGACCAGAGAGGCCCAGAUGGAGGCUGUUCAUUCCCUGCAGUGUUGGCAUUGUAAAUAAAGCCUGAGCACUUGCUGAUG